GGUCGUCAAUCGUCAUUUACUCGUGAGUCGUCACCUGUUGCGGUGCAAAUUUUGGUUAUACGCAAUAAUUAAUAAUUAAUUAAUUAAAUAAACUAAUUAACCAUCAGUGUAAAUAAAAGUGGUUUCAGUGGUUAAUUAAAUAAUAAUUAAUUAUUUCACGCUCUAAUAAAUAAUUUCAAUAAAAUUCGCACUGCGUCAAGUCGCAGAUUGCGAAACAAUUGAUAACAGUAAUUAUUUUAUUGGACUAGAAUAAUUUAAAAAUUUUUAUUAAUCAUUUUUAAUGAGCGUUAUAUAUUUUCACAUUUAAAUAUAAGUGUCUUAUUUUAGUUUACACGUGUGUUUAAUUUUUAUUAAAAGAUACCGAGAUAUUUAAUUAAUAGUUUAGUUGAUUAAUUAAAAAUGACCAGUGUCCAAACGACAAUUAAAUUUCCAAUAACUAAAAAAUUAACAUUUUACGGCACAAAGGAUGAAGUUGAAAAACCAGAUUUUACAAACGCUACCAUCAGGAACACGCCGUCGAGUGUCAGAUACGUUUCCAAAGUUAAAAAAAUAAUGACGAUUAGCAGCAGUGAGUCCGAUAAUGACUCAGACUCUGAUACCGAAAAUUCUAAACGACUUACACGUAAACGUGUCAAUGUUCCCAGCAAAAACGCACUACCUCAGACACCCAAAAGUACCAGGGCAUCUAGAAGAGUUCGCAAAGCAUCAGCUUCUGAUGACAAAGAUGAACUGAGAUCACCACCAAAGCAAAGGAAACCCGACUCACCAAAGACACCAUCAACUUUACUAGACAAAUUAUUUUUAACAUCGCCGACAACACGAGACCAUUUGGCGCCAAAGAAAUUGUUCGCUGAAAAAUAUCAAAAUGCAAGAAAAGCUUUGCACAGUUCAGUGCCUGAAAGUCUUCCGGGCCGUGAACCUGAACUUCUUGAGCUGCGGAAUUACAUCAAGCAGCACCUGGACAACGAGUCGUCCGGGUCUCUAUACAUUUCCGGACCUCCAGGAACUGGUAAGACCGCUAGCCUUUCAAAAAUAAUGAUGCAGUCGGAAUUCAAACUGUCAUUCAAAAUAAUAUACGUAAACUGCACGUCAAUAAAGUCCGCGGGCGCUAUUUACACGAAGAUCCUUCAGGAAUUGAACAUACCAGCGCCCAGGGCGGAAAAGGCGAGCAAAGCGGCGAUUGAAAAAUAUCUAAGGUCGUCCCACAAAAUGAUUCUUUUGGUUCUUGAUGAAAUCGAUCAGCUGGAGAGCAAACGUCAGUCUGUUUUGUAUUCAGUGUUCGAGUGGCCGUCUAUCGCCAACUCUAAACUGCUACUCGUCGGUAUUGCCAACGCGCUGGAUCUGACUGAUCGGAUUUUGCCUCGUCUGCAAGCGCGAUGCGAAUUGAAACCCAAGUUGAUGCAUUUCGCCCCUUAUACUAAGGAACAGAUUGUCAAUAUAAUUGCCGAGAGGUUGAAGGAAGCCAACGUUGCGGAUGUUUUCACGGGGAUCGCUAUGCAAAUGCUCGCUGCUAAAGUCGCCGCUAUUUCCGGGGACGUUAGGAGAGCUUUAGAUAUAAGUAGACGUGUUGUUGAACUUGCCGAGACUCAGAAGAACUCUGUUUUGAAGCCUGCUGUUGAUAAUUGUAAUAAUGGCGGCAGUCCAAAGAAACAAACGAUUGACGAGAAACCAGUUGAUUUAAAAGACGUAAUUGCUGUACUGAAUGGUGUGUACGGCGGGUCACAAAAUAUAGACCAGUAUGAAGAAGACACAUUCCCGUUGCAGCAAAAAUUAUUACUGUGUUCGCUAAUGCUGAUACUUAAUAAGGGUCGUAAUAAAGACGUUACUAUUAGUAAGUUGCAUGAGGUGUACAGAAAAGUAUGUAAGAAGCGCAACAUCCACGCGGUAGACGUGUCCGAGUUUGUCGGAGUCUGCUCGCUGAUAGAGACGCGUGGAAUUUUACGUCUAGUAGGAAAGAAGGAGCCGCGACUGUCAAAAGUGAGUCUCCAGUGGGACCAAGACGAGCUGGAGGCUGCUCUGCAGGACAAAAAAAUGAUGGCUGAGAUAAUUAACGACACGACGUGCCUGUAGUUUUAUUUGCAUAAUUAUUAAUAGAUUAAAUUGUUGAUAUAUUUAUUUAAACGCAUUGAUAUUUAUGUUUUUAACGACGAUCUGAAUGGAUGGAGCGUUAUAAUAAUUUACAUGUUUGUUAUUUACCAAAAUUUAAAUGACUAAUUGCAUGUUGACUGAAUUUUUAAUUAAUAAAUU